UGGCCGACUUGUUGAGGUUCCUGCCAGGCUGGCCAGAUUUUUGAGAAAAUUUUCACAUUUAUGGUUACGUCUUUGAUUUCUGAUUCACAUUUAGGUGCCAAAUCAUUUGUGGUGUGUAUAUAUUAAUGACUUGAUACAACGCAAAGUCGGUGAUCAACAGGCGUCUUGCAAACUAGGCAAAACGGGAUAUUCUUCAGUGGAACUGGCAACGCUGUUGUAUUUGAUGUACAUGUCCCUUUCAUCAAUCUAAAAAACAGAAGGACAAAUUAGAUAGCAGAAUGUUUGCCAAGUUGAAGAAAAGGAUCAAGGAUGAAAGUGGAAGUGUUGUGGAUGGAGAUAAGACCUUCCUGCCACCACCCUUUCCAGGACAUGCCAGUCCAAUACGCCGAAGUUCAUCCACAGUGACAUUGACGCAAGGUUUGAGCAAGGAUCCCUUCAUGUCUGGAGACUCCGGAAUGAGUGGUGCUGCAUCCCCUGCCAGUCAGUCCAGCGAGGAUUCUCAGAUACCAGACUCGUCACGGGAGGAGGUGGUGAUGAUGCUGCUGAAGCGGACGGAGCAGUGCAAGAAGAUGGAGUCUAAGAUCAGUGAGUAUGCAGCCCUCAUUAAGGAGAAGAACAAGGCGAUUGACCGCCUGGAGACAGAAGCGGAGAAACAACAGGAAGUGACCAAUGAGAAACUAGAUGAGCAGAGUGAGGAACUCAAGGCCAAGUUUGCUGAGUUUGUUGAGGCCCACAAAAAGGAGCUGGCUGAGAAAGACGAGGAAAUGACAGAAAAAAUUAAUGCCUUAAAUAAGAGGAACACGGAGCUGGCAGCCAACCUCAAGCAAGAGGAAGAUUACAAACACCGACUGUUCCAGCGUGAGGAAGAACAGGAUGAGGUGCAAGGUCUCACCACCCAGGAACUGGCCAAAGUCAAACACAUGCUGCUGAUCACACAGGAGGACUUGUCACAGUGUCGAGCGGAGCUGACAUCAACCACCGACAAACAUCAUGAAGCAGAGAAAUCUCUCAAAGAAGCUCAGAAUCAACUCACAAACCUCAAAACAAAAAUGGACGAACUGGAGAAAGAGAACACUCGUCUGACAGAAGUCAAUGAGCAGCACAUGAAUGUUGUGGCUGUUAUGACAAAGGAGAAGGCUGUGUUCGAGAAGCGUCUAGAUGAAGUCAACUCGCAGCUCACUGCGAAAGUUAACCAGCUGUCCAAACUGACUGCAGAAUAUUCAGAGCUGGAGAAUGAGCAUAAGGCUUUGCAGAGGAGCUCUGAAGUCCAUAAGAACAAGACCAGCAAGCUUAUCUCAGAGAAGGAUGACAACAUUGAACAGCUCAGUGAACGCAUCAAGAUGCUGGAACAGCGGUCACAUGACCACACACUGUCAGGGGAUGAGAGGGUCAAGGCCAUAGAAGUAGAGCGUGACAGUUUGGAGCACAAGCUGACUGAGAGUCGUCAACAACUUACUGAAAUCAAGUCAACAUGGAGUGACAAGAUAACACACCUGGAGGAACAGAUUUCUCACCUCAACCUUAAAAUAGUUGAGGAUAAUGAGGAGAUGGCCAAUCUACGACAUGACUGUGAAAACAUGCAAGAAAACUUUCAUAAACAGAUACAGGAGCUGCAGCACAGUGUUGAGGAUGCAGAGAAGCGGGCCUUCGAGAGCUGGGAGCUGGCAAGCCAGAAGGACAGACAGUAUGAGAAGCAGAAACAUGAGCUGGAGGUGGAGCUUCAGAAGGCUCGGCUGAGUGCUGUGGACAGCGAGUCUGGUCUGCGGGCCAAGAUCACAGCCCUGGAAACACAGCUGAUGGAGAUUGAGACAGCCCGUGACCACAUGAAGAAUGAAGCUGACCAGAGAAUAGCUCAGCUGGAGGCGAGGGAACAGGAGGUUCUGGAGGAACACAUCAAGUUGGAUAAACAGCUGAAGACUCUUGAAGUGGAACACAACAGGAUACAGACGGAGUACACGGACAAGAUGGAGGAGAGUUCAAGGCUGAAGACGUCCAUGGAGGAAAAGCGACAGAGUGAGACCUCACUCGUGGAGAAGAUAUCUGGCCUAGAGGUGGAGGUGCAGUCCGUGACGGAAACUUUGGAGAAUCUGAAGAAGAACCUCAAGUCAGGGCAGGCAGAACUGAAGGAGUCUAACAAAGAGAAGGAUGAGCUGUUGGUGCGUAAUGCUGAACUGUCACAGCAGCUGGAGAGCAGAAGACAACAGGCAGCAGAGAAGGAGCUCCUCCUGGUGGCAGAAGUCCGGGAGAAAGGGGAGACGAUCACUUCCUUACAGCAGACUAUUAGUCAGCUGGAGGAGAAAAUAACCCUUUAUGACAAGCGGUGUACAGAUUAUGAGAUAAAGAAGUCUGAAGACCAGGUCACCACGGCAACAGUUGGCGAGCUGCAGACAGAAAUUACAGAGCUGCAGAAUCAGCUCACUGACAAGAACAGGGCCCUGAAGAAGCAAGAGCAGACUCUGAAGGACCUGAGAAUCACCCUGCAACGGGAGCUCAAGGUCCAGGCUCUCCCUAACGACGACUCCUCCGAGCUGGUGGACUCUCACUCACCUCAGCCAAACAGGAAGUUUGAUUCCAACAAACGCUUCCAAGCAGACUUGUUGUUAGCAGGUUUGGGGUCAGGGUCAAGGGGUCAUAGUCAUGUGCAGAUGGCAGCAUCAGGGAUUCUAAAUGAGGAUGAUGCCAAGCUUCGGAGCGGAACAGUGGGCAUCCGGCAGGAGCUUGACAAAGAUGUCAACUUUCAGUAUCUCAAACAUGUCAUCUUGAAGUUCAUGCUGAGUCGGGGAGUCUGAGGCAAUGAAGCUGGUGAAGGCAAUCGCCAUGUUGUUACACUUCAGUCGUGAUGAACAAGAACUCAUCAAACAAACUCUGGAAUACAAAAUGUCAUGGUUUGGGUCAAGGCCAUCUCUAGGCAAAGGUCAAACAUCCAAGGUCAUCCCUCCAUCAUACUGACAUUUGCCAGCCUCGGUCAAGUUGAAAUAGGCAUCAUCCUUCCGCAAUAGUGACUUUGAUGGGACAAGUGGUUGUGACAUUGCAGAGAAUUAUGUUGGGAGAUAGUUGGAAUGAUAUACCAAUAAUGACAUUGAAGUAUGACUGACAUGUAAAUUACAUUGAAGUAUGAUUCAUGAUUUGAAACCAAAUGGUAUGACUGAUAUGAAAGUAUGACCAGUAUGAUAUGAAGUAUGACUGCCCGAGUAUGGAUGAUAUCAAAGUAUGAUUGAUGUGACCUUGAAGGUUAUGCAUGUCAUAUAAUCAUUUUUUACAUGUGACUGGCAAUGUAUGGGUGAUUAUAUACUGUGAUAUACACUAUUUAUUCCAGUGUUGCAAUUCUAUAACCUACGUCUCUGUUUAUUGGUGUAAGAAUGUUGAGUACAACCGAAAUGUCAGUGACAUUUAUCUCCUUUGUCUGGUUCAGUGACUGCAGACUGAUUGUCUACACAGUUAUCUCCUUUUAGGAAUAGAACACAUACCAAAUUCCACUUUGAGGUAAUCUAUUACAACCUUCAGUAAAUGCAGACAAUCGUCUGUACACCGUUAUCUCCCUUAUUCAGUCUCAAAAGGAAUGUGUUUCUGUUUCCAUGAUUUUGUGUUUUCUGUUUUCUUGCCAAUGUUGUUUUCACUCUCCAGAACCAAGACCAUGACAUGAUCAAAGUGACACUUGUUUCAAAUUGGAAAUGAUUUUGGAACAUGGAACUCUGCGAAGUAACAAAUGCGUGGAUCACAGUGCUAUUCCUUGCACCCAAUGUAUCAGACAGCCACCAGCUUGUGUUCACAUAGUCAGGUGUGGAGUAUUGACACUCUGUACUGUCUGGGGAGGAAGUGACGUGUUUCCUCCGUCUGAUGCCAAACCUAUAACAGACAAAGGGCAUACAUUAUAAGUUGUUCACUGGUCACGAGGAGGGUAUGGGUUGAUGUACCCUCGAUGUUUGUGAA